CUGAGGUUGGCUUAGGGAUUCGCGAUACGGACAUCAUGCUGCUAGCAGGUUGUAGUUAUUAUUGAUAACGAGUCGGAUAACAAUGAUGGAUGAUGUCCAGGCAUGGAUUGGUGCUGCUUGGGUAGAAAUUAGUUAUCCACCAGAUACCGGGAUCAUAUUUCUCGGUUACAAGCCUGUGUUUAGGGCGUUCGAACGCUUUGUGGACGAUUGUUUUUUUGGAGGCUGAACCUUGCGUGCCAUGGAGAAGAAAUGCGUAGAUGAAGCUCUAAAAACUCAUCACGGUUGAUCACCAGAAAAGCUUGGGCCUAAUUUUCUUGCACAGAUAUAUUUGCGUGGGUGCAUGUGUUAUAAAAUCCAUCGAAUAUGGAGGUGAGUCUUUCAGAAGUUCCUCGCUAUCGGUACAGGACGUGACGAGCCGGUGUGCGUCUAUCGGGAAACGAUAUGAGUUGUGCUACUAUUUCGGUGCUUCAUCUCGUAAGAAUCGGUGAACGAUCCUAACGGUUUCAGGGCAAAGAAUCAAAUCAGGAAAUUUUAGUUCAUUACUGUGACACGCUUUUCCGCAAAAGUGUAUUUAUUGGUGCUGUAUGAUUUGAGUACACGCGAACAUUUAGUUUAAGGAAUUGUUCAAAUGGCGCUUUGAGAAUUUACGUGACGUUUGGUGAAAUAUUUGUUACUUAAUUUUGUAUCUAAGCUGAGUUUUUAUAGUGCUUCGUACAAGGAAAAAACAAUUUUAUUCUUAACUAAACAAUACCAGUAGUAGCAGCAGGAUCAGCAACAGCAACAGCACCAUAAUGAAGUUCUACCUGUUUCUUGCGAUUGUCGUGUGCGAAUCGUGCAAUUAUUUUUCCUGCGCCGAAUAUGAUUCCCUGGUCGAGUUGGCGACCGGUGGCGAGCUCGGAUCGCUUGCCGGUGGCCAUCGGCUCACGCUGGACGAUUCAUCCGAGGCAGGCGAAUGGGCACCGGUGUACCCGUGGAAUGCGGCCAUAAAACGUAGCGCCAAAUCGGACAUUCAAACGCGUCGCCGUAGCGCUCUCGAUAAGAACUUUAUGCGCUUUGGACGCUCGGACAAGGACAUGCUACGGCAGGCGCGUGCUAAUCUGAUGCGUUUCGGUCGACCGGACCGUAACUUCUUACGCUUCGGUCGUGAUCCGUACGCGACGAUACUUCACGAUGACGAACUAAGCAAGGAAUAUGCCACCUCAACGGAGCAGCUCGAACCGGUAAAUGCACCAGGCGACGAACCCACGGCCACAAAGCGUAAUGGUGGGCUCGGUGCGUCGGAGGAAAUGAUAAACACCGGUCUGUCGGAAUCGGGCGAACAGAUUAAACCGAAGCAGAUACUUUACAUCCGACGUGAUUCGCCGAAGAAUCUGAUGCGUUUCGGCAAACGACGUUCGACCGGUUCCGGCUAUAUGCGGUUCGGUCGUGCCGGGAACUUGAUGCGGUUCGGGCGGGCAAGCGACGAACCUUCGGUUGCGCUGCUAGCAAACAACCAGUUCGGACGUUCGGCCCGUGCCGGACCGAAUCUGAUGCGAUUCGGGCGGGCCGGUAAUUUGAUGCGUUUUGGACGGGCUGGCAAUGCAACGGGAACGCGAACACCCGCGGAAGAUCCGAACGCUACCGCCUCCUCACAGCUUCCGGAAGCGUUACCGGCGAAUUUGGCCGAACUGUUCGAGAAGGAACCGGACCGAAUGUUGCUGGAUGCGCUAGAAGCUGCCGAAGCGAACGAGCGUCUACCGCUGUACAUAGUGGAGAAGUAGUGCGUGCCUGCUUUGGCCAGGAGUUCUUCUAAGGAGUAUCGCUAGCGGGACACUCAUCAUCAUAUGUCACACGUCCGAGAAGCAAAAUGGUGUAUUGUUGAUAAACUCACAAACUCACGUUCACGCAAACAAACACACCAACACGGAAUGUAGGUAACAAAUGACAAGGCUGGUAUCAACAAUAUGGAACAUUUUGCUUUUCGGCUCAACCUGCUAGACUGCAAAGUGACCAACCAAUCAAAGUUGCAUACGUGCGUACAAUGGAAAACGGACACACGAAGCUCACAAUGCAAAAAAACUAUCAAUUACUCUUCCCUGUCUCGCCAGCGCCAGCUAAAACCGUGUAGAUUUUCUAGUUUUAGCGCCAAAAACCAAAAAAAGAAAGAAAACAUUCUAGCAACAAAAAAAUGUUAUUUCUAGAUUCUCCUAAAGACUCUGUGUAAAUGACGAAAUACAAAUUAAAACAAAAAUCACGCCACAUAAAAUUCCCGUAAACUAUAAAUGAUAGUACGGAAGUACGGAGAAAACAGAAAAAGAAAUAAUAAACUCUAUAUAUAUACACAACACAUCCAGAAGAUAAAUUAAUUAUAAAACAAAGAAACAGAACAACACACACACUAAAACAUGGAACAGGGAAAGGAAAUAAAAGUGGAAAGUAGCAUUACAUACGGACAGACGCAAACCGGAGCAAGUCGUUACAUUAAUCGUGUUAGUGUGCUGGUGUAUAUUAGGCCAUUGUUUAAAAAAAGCGGUGCAAUCGAACGGAACAAAACGCUACAAAAUGAUCCAUCAUACGCGACGGACGGACAAAGAACCGGAAACAUGUAUAAAAUAAAGUAAUCAACUGAUUUUACUCUUCAUUGGCAA